UUUUCUACUUAAAGAGUUUGGCGAGUCAAUCAAAAAUCCCUCUAGCUGAAUGUUGACCCAUAUUUCAGGUUUCUCACCAGGAUCUCAUUUAAGAAAAUCUAAUUUUACGGCAAAAUCAGACUCACCCUCAAUUGUACAUAUGAUACCAGCAAGUAAUAUAAUGCUGAGCCAACCUACAUUUAAACUUCUGGGAGUCCUGGAUGGUUUUAUAAUAAGGUAUUUGCAUCCAUGUACUUUGUACAAAACAAAUACAGUCAAAAUUCCCUAUUACUGGGGCAUAUUCGCUUCAAAAUCCCCAUUCCUGAGACAAGGUACUAUGUCAAAAUCCCAUCCCUUGGGACAAUACUGUGUCCCAACCCUCCCUCAAGGGGGCAGAACUCACUUAAUUCUUAAAAUACUGCAUUACUUUCUGC